AUGCCGCAGGUGAGGGAGAUCGUCGAGGUGGCCUCGACAGCACCCACCACUUUGGCCGAGGACUCCGUGAGGCAACUGCAGGUGGUGAUACGAGAGAAGCCGGACAUCCAGUCCAUCGAGAAGGUGGUGGAGGUCCCUUGUGUGUCUGUGUCCGACAGCACCAUCGAGGUGCCUGUUUCGCUGGUCCAGGAGAAGGUCGUGGAGGUCCCGGAAGUGCAGUAUUUGGAGGUCCUGAAGCAGGUGCCGAAGGCACAGUACCAAGAGCGGCUGGUGCAGGUGGAGAAGCUGGUGGCCGAGGCCCGGACUUCGGAGGUGGAGGUGCCCGCCGAGGUCCUCCAGGAGCGACUGGUGGAAGUGAAGCAAGCGCAGCCGGUGGAGAUCCUCCGCGAGGUGGCCAAAGUGCAGACGAAGACUCUCGUCAAGCACUUCGCAAAGCCCGUCGUGCAGUGGAAAGAGAGUGUGCGAGAGGUCCCUCAAACAACGGUCCGGGAACAGAUCCAGGAGGUGCCGCAGCAAAGGAAGGUGGAGCUCCUCCGCGAGGUCCCGAAGCCCGAGGUUCAGCGGGUUGAGAAGCCAGUGGAGCUUCCAGCAAUCCAGUUCACCGAAAGGAUCGUCGAAGUGCCCAGCAUCGAGAUUCACGAAACCGCCAAGGAGGUGGCCCAGGUUGAAGUGCGCGAAGUCCUUCGCCAAGUGCCCAAAGUGGAGGUGCAAUUCGUGGAGAAGAAAGUCCCCAAACCCGUGAUCCAAUAUGUUGAGAAGACUGUCGAAGUACCACAAGUGGUCUACGAAGAGCGGAUUGUCGAGGUUCCGGAGAUCGAAGUCAAGGAGCUGAUUCGACAGGUGCCUGUGCCCGUGGUCCAGUACCUGGACAAGCAUGUGCCGAAGUGCACUUUGCGAGCAGUGGAGAAGGUGCUCCAGGUCCCUCAAGCAUUUCAGGAGGAACGGGUAGUGGAGAUCCCGCAGGCCAUGGGGGUGGACGUCGAGGUCCGUGUGCCCAAGGUGAGCUACAAGGAGGUUCCACGGGAGUUCGCCACUGUCUCGCUGGAGACGCGCGAGAAGGCCGUGGAGGUGCCCGUGGUGCUCCGGGAGGAGCGGCUGGUGGAGGUGCCACAGGUGCACACGGUGCCAGUGGUCACGCAAGCGCUGCGCCCGUCAGCGAAGUUCGUGGACAAGCCCGUCCCCUCAGUAGACAUCCAAGUGGAAGAGCGGCAGGUGCAGGCCAAGCCAACGGUCUUGAUGGAGGAGGAGAUCUUAGAGAUCCCGCAGCAGCAAGUGGUGGAGGUGACACGCCAGGAGCUGCAGCCAGUCCUCGAAGAGGUGGUCAAAGAGGUCCCGAGGUAUCGGGUGGAGUACCUGGAGAAGGUCGUCGAAGUGCAGAGCCAGGUCCUCCAGGAAGGCGCUGGGGAGUUGCGGAGCCCUCCAAAGGGCCAGGCCGUGGCCGUGUCCACGAUCUCCGCGCUGAAGGCCGCGGCCGAGCUGCCCCGGCCCUCCGACGGCCUCAACGGCCUCUCGCGGCUCCUGGUCACGGGGGUGGAAAGCGAGAGCUGCCCCAGCUGCGGCCAUGCGCGCGUGUCUGGAUCCCGGUUCUGCCACGCGUGCGGGCACCGCUACGACGAC